ACGGGGGGAGGAAGGGCGGGGGGGGACACCCCUCCCUGCGGAGAGCGCGGCGGGCAGCUGCUGGGAGAAGCCACGGUCUGGCCGGAGUGACCACCGGGGUGUCCCGAAGCCUGCAGUGCCCCCCUGGGUACCCACGAGACCCACCGAGCGCGGUGCCCCCCGGGCCGUCCCCCGCCCAACGUGAAGUGCCCCCCCGCCCAGGAUAUUCCCCCACCCCGUGUGAUCCCCCACCCGCGGUGCCCCCGGGACAUCCCCCACCCAACGUGCAGUGCCCCCCACCCCCACGUCCACCUGAGCCCGCAGCGCCUUCUCCAGGACGCUGAGGGUGACCCCCGCCCCGCGUCAUCCCCCACGCGCGGUGCCCCCGGGACAUCCCCCGCCCCGCGUCAUCCCCCACGCGCGGUGCCCCCGGGACAUCCCCCGCCCCGCGUCAUCCCCCACGCGCGGUGCCCCCGGGACACCCCCCGCCCCGCGUCAUCCCCCACGCGCGGUGCCCCCGGGACAUCCCCCGCCCCGCGUCAUCCCCCACGCGCGGUGCCCCCGGGACAUCCCCCGCCCCGCGUCAUCCCCCACGCGCGGUGCCCCCGGGACACCCCCCGCCCCGCGUCAUCCCCCACGCGCGGUGCCCCCGGGACAUCCCCCACCCAACGUGCAGUGCCCCCCACCCCCACGUCCACCUGAGCCCGCAGCGCCUUCUCCAGGACGCUGAGGGUGACCCCCGCCCCGCGUCAUCCCCCACGCGCGGUGCACCCGGGACAUCCCCCGCCCCGCGUCAUCCCCCACGCGCGGUGCCCCCGGGACACCCCCCGCCCCGCGUCAUCCCCCACGCGCGGUGCCCCCGGGACACCCCCCGCCCCGCGUCAUCCCCCACGCGCGGUGCCCCCGGGACAUCCCCCACCCAACGUGCAGUGCCCCCCACCCCCACGUCCACCUGAGCCCGCAGCGCCUUCUCCAGGACGCUGAGGGUGACCCGCAUUACUGUUCCAUGUUCUGUCUGUCUGGGUGCUUGCUGUGCCCAUCCUGGACAGCGAGAGCACGGGGAGCACCCUGCAAUGCACAGGCCAGCGCCGCAGCCCCGAGGAGCCCAUGGGUUCUCUGGGACACAGAUCUGACCUGACAGAAGAGGACGCUUGUGCCAAGGCAAAUGUCCCAAGCCACCCAAACAGAUGAAAGGGUCACUCGACAACUUGUUUAGGAGCCUGUGGACAGAACAGUUUGCUGGUGAAGAACAAGGUUUACAGUCAUGGCUGUUGCCACCUGCUUGGAGCUCUAACAUAGACCCUGAAAAAGAGGAAAUCGGUGACCUCAGCACCUACAUCUGGUUCUGCUGAAUCCUGAACUCCACAUGGGAUGUGAAACAGAACUGCCUAUGACCACACCAUUUCUUGGAGCUGUGAUCCAUUCUAUGUGACGUAAUGUCCCAACUGUGCAACAUGGCAGGGGCCCUGGGGGCUGAAGAAUGACACUUUCCUGCAUUGGACUCAAUAAGAUCUGCUUCCUGCUGUCCGUGACCUUCUGUGCUUUCCUUCUCCUGCUAAUCCCCAAAUUCCAGACUAACUGGAGACAUAGGGGAUAUCCACAACCCCGUCCACCACCUCCUUUUAAUGCUUCCUGCAAAAGUGAGUUCCACCACCAUCAGGCAGAUCCCAGCUCAACAGACAAUUUGGACAGUGAGGGAACUGAUAAUGCACACAGUGUGAAAGAUGAAACUGUAGAAAAAUGGGGGGAUUACAGCCUACAUGCUGGGGGAGCCAGCCUGAAACUUGAGGAGCAGGAUGGGAGCCCUACCAGUUCUCUUCACACUAUGUUGAAGGACCACCAUGGACCUGCAGGUGAUUCCAUUAAGGAGAAUUUGGAGCUGAAGGAUAUUUUUAUUGCUGUGAAAACGACAAGAAAGUAUCAUAAAACUAGGCUGGACUUGCUCUUCCAAACCUGGAUUUCGCAGGCCAAAAGACAGACGUUUAUAUUCACAGAUUGGGAGGACCGUGAACUGCGCCUAAGAGCAGGAGAUCACAUGAUCAACACCAACUGCUCUGCUGUUCACACCCGCCAGGCACUCUGCUGCAAGAUGUCUGUGGAAUACGAUAAAUUCCUCGAAUCUGGGAGAAAAUGGUUUUGCCAUGUGGAUGAUGACAACUAUGUGAAUCCACAGAAUCUCCUGCGUCUCUUGUCUGCCUUCUCACACAGCCAGGAUGUAUAUGUGGGGAGGCCAAGCCUGGACCACCCCAUUGAGGCAGCUGACCAUGUCCGGAGUGAUGGAUCAACAACUGUGAAGUUCUGGUUUGCCACAGGUGGAGCAGGGUUCUGUGUCAGCAGGGGCCUUGCCCUGAAGAUGAGUCCCUGGGCCAGCUUGGGUAACUUCAUCAGCACUGCAGAGAGGGUCCGUCUUCCUGAUGACUGCACCAUCGGUUACAUCAUCGAGGGGCUGCUAGAAGUGAAGCUGCUGCACAGCCCCUUGUUCCAUUCCCAUCUGGAGAAUCUGCAGCGACUACAAGGCGAGACAGUGCUGCAGCAGGUCACCCUGAGUUAUGGGGGCCCUGAGAACAAACACAAUGUUGUGAGUGUGGCAGGAGUGUUUGGCUUGCAGCAAGAUCCAACCCGAUUCAGAUCUGUCCAUUGUCUUCUCUACCCUGACACUACCUGGUGUCCCACUAAAAAUAUACUGUGACCUCAGACCUAACCUUGACAUUUGGUAUCUUACCUGCACAAGAUUGGACAGGAUGCUUUUCUUGGAGAUGAACAAGAAAAAUCUACAAAAGUAAGAUCCCCCGAUCACUUCAUUCCCAUGGCAGGAGUGUGAGCCUCAUCAGCUGCUGUCUGAAAUAUCCCAAGGAAGAAACUCUCUUACGCUUUGCUCUCUGAUCUUGCAGCUUUUCUUAUAAUGUCUCGAAGGUUAAGCGCCCCCUCCUACUUCCUGUCUGGUUUUAUCCAUGCUUUGCUAGUUAAAAGCCCUGUGGCUAUCACAUGUAUGUUUGUACCUUAAAAUUAGAGUGGAAUGCAGUGCCUGGAAUCAUAGCACUGGAACUAGUGUUCUGAAUAGGGCUUCUAGGGAUCAGUCUUUGUGCUGCUGAGAUGCCAGGGCAGAAUGUAGAGCCCAUGGUGGGGAGCGAGGGAUUUUUAAUUUGGCUCCCUUGGAAGCAGAAUGAUUCAGGAACAACUUGUUAUUUUUUCUUCUCCCAAUGUCUGAGCUGUGUGGGAAUUUAGCUGAAACAUCUGCACUUCCAGUGAGGCAGAGAUGUGUUUACCAAGAACAAAAUUAUGCCAGUCUGCCCUGCAUGACAGGCUGAGGACCACAUCAGAACCUCUUAAGCAUAUGUUCUCUCCUUUAGCCCCCCUGGUCUCUUGAGUCUGGCUUCCAUGAGGAGAGCACACUUGGAUCUCUUUCUGGUUGGAAGAUGGUGGUGGUUUUCCAUGAUGGGCUACAGAUCCAAAGGUGCUUGGUCUUGGCUCAUACUAUUUCCUGGCAGUUUGAUACUGAGAGAGAUGUUUGUGGGAAUACUAUUAGGUCCCUCCUCCCAGUGUAAUCCACAGCAUGGUGCCUGGUUGGCAUCUGAUCCUGGGUCGCUAAAACAGCCUGCAGCCUCCUUCCUGCUUCUGCAGUCUUGCUGGAUCCCAAAGCCUAUGUGGGAGGAGAAACCUGGGUUAGCUGCAGUGCCCUCAGGUGCUGUCAUCUGCGGCCUUUGACUGGACUUGUGUGAUCACCCAGGCCAGUUACAUAAAUGGACCUUUGAGCUCCAGGCCUGGGGAAGAUCUGUGUUCACUUUUCCUCCGCAAGCCAGCCAGGAAGAGGUGCGCUAGAAGAAAGGCCUGCACACUCCCUCCAAAUGCGGGGCUCAGCCCCUUGUCUGCAGAGCUUCUGCUGUAGGAUUUACCAGUGCUCUGCAAAGGAAAAGGAGUUUGGUUUUGGCGUGGGGAAAGAAGGGACUCCAAAAGUCUGUUGUUUUUCUCUUAGUCCACACUGAGGCUUGCACACUCCAUUGCUGGCAUGGUUAGGAAGAGCAGUGUCAAAAAUUACUUUGCAAGACCCUCCCUUAGUCUCAUGGGCCUUUCACAGGCUCUUCACUGGUUCCUGGUCCUAAUGACUAACACUGAAAUGGGGGGGAAAGCAGCAGAAUUACAUAUUGGCAAAUUGUAAUUCCAAGCACUGUGACCUGAGCAUGGAGCUGUCAGGAAGGAACUCUUGGUUUCUAAUUCUGUCUCUGCCACCAAUGCACUGUGUGGCCGUGGUUGAGUCAUGUGACCUCUCUCAUUUGUAAAGUGGGUAGAGUGUAUAGGCACACCUCUCAGGUAUGCAGUCAUGAGGCUUCAUGGAGUCGUGUAACUCUUUCUGAAGAGGAUUAUUCCCAUCUCUCCCUAACAAAGACCCUUUAGGGUUUAGCCAUGCGUGUUUUGCUGCUUUCUAGAGAGACUAAUUCUACUGAGGGAUAAGGUCCCGGCCUUCUAGCUGUCACAAUCCUGAAUCUGUCUCUCUGACUUCUCAGAUGUUGUGACCCUUCUUUGCCCUCCUUCAUGCUUCCUGAUGUGGCACUAACUCCAUUCUUUGGCCAAGAGGCCAGGCUGGGAACACUGGAAUUGCCAGACUGCAUCGGCUCAGUGGUCCAUCUAGCCCAGCCUCCUUUCUCAGACAGUGGCCAGAACCAAAUGCUACAGGAGAUGCCAUAAUGCGGAAUAAUCGGUCUGCACCUUAGGUCUCCUCCUGAUCCCUUAAGCCUGAAUAAUAUCCCUUCCAAAAAUUUUGUCAUUAAUUACAACUGGAUAUUCUUGAUAGCCAUAUAAAUAUCCAGUCCUUUUUGAAUCUUAAGUAGUUGGCCACAAUGCCUGUCUUCCUGUGGCAAAGAAUUCCAUAAAUUAACGAGUCAUUAAUGGGACUCUGUGCCUCCAAAUGCUGAUUAACUGCUUCUUUACUGCAGCAUCUGUUCUUGGUCCAUGGACUGCCCUGGAAUUGCCAGAUAUACCACAUGUGACAGAUCAGUUAAGACUAAGGCCUGAUCCUACUACUAUUGAAAUCAAUGGCAAAACUCAUAUUGAUUUCAGUAGCACCAGGACGGAGUUUUAAAAGUUUGGUCCAAUACUCUUCCUGAUUCCCAGGGCUGAGCAUGCUACCUCUUUGGCAUGCCCACAACGGAAAGGCCUAUAGGCUGGACUUCGAAAAGAAAUGCAUGCCUCCUAUAUGGCAGUGCAGAGCACUGACCUUUAACAAGUUGUUGUUUGGGCUCCUUUUAAGGUUUUUCAUAAAUGUUUCUACUAAGGUAGCCGCUGCUGCCAUAAGAUGGGAGUGUUCCAGACUAUCUGGUAUGUCUCAUCUAAAGUGUUUUCUUUUAAUUAAAUAAAUAUUUAAAGGUGG